AUGUCACCGCCUGCAAUCAUCGCGCCUUCAAUUCUGUCGGCAGACUUCGGAGCGCUGGGCAAGGCAUGCUCAGAUACCAUCUCUCAGGGUGCCGACUGGCUUCAUGUCGACAUCAUGGACGGUCACUUUGUGCCUAACAUGACCUUCGGCGCCCCGGUUGUUACCAAGAUUCGCUCCCACGUCGACCGCCCCACCAUCGCACAUGGAAAGGGAACAUUUGAUUGUCACAUGAUGAUCGCAGAGCCCAAGAAGUGGGUUCGCGAGUUCAAGAAGGCAGGAUGUGAUUUGUACUGCUUCCACUACGAAGCUGCUGUAUCUUCCACCGCUGCCGACGAGCCUUCUGCAACUUCGGACAAGAAGACGUCGCCUAAAGAGUUGAUUAAGUUCAUCCACAGCGAAGGCAUGCAGGCUGGUAUUGCUAUCAAGCCAAGCACAAAGGUCGAUGUGCUAUGGGACAUCCUUGAGAACUCGAACAAGGAUGAGGUACCUGAUAUGGUUCUCAUCAUGACUGUCGAGCCGGGCUUUGGUGGUCAGUCAUUCAUGGCUUCUGAACUUCCGAAGGUGACCGCCCUGCGCCAGAAGUACCCUGACCUUCACAUCGAGGUUGACGGUGGUCUCUCUGAAAAGACGAUCGACCAAGCCGCCGAUGCUGGCGCUAACGUAAUUGUUGCCGGAAGCGCUGUCUUUGGAGCAGUUGAUCCAGGCGACGUGAUCAAGAAGCUUCGCGAGGCUGUCGAGGCAAGGAGAGGCAAGUUGUGA